GGGAGUAUAUAUUUUGCCAUUCAUUUUACAACAAAAACAAGUAUAUGGAACAUUGUUGUAAUAGAAAGAAAGUUGCCAAAGGCUGAAAACUACUAAUACGGUUUAAUUCUUGUUUUCCCUUUGGUAACGAAACAAUGCGAAGAAGAAUCGCUGACAAGGUUGUGCCAUGGUUAUUGUACAGCACCGGUGGAACUCGGACCCAUUUUCAGCCAGUACCACUCUCAUCGGAAAUCCACCGCCAUUAUCACGCACUCGUUGCUCGGCUAACGGAUGCACAACGCUACGAUACUGAAGAGCUAGAAGUUUCUCGGAGAGCCACCUCGCUUCUUCCUUCUUCCACUACACGGCGGUACUUAAACAGCAGUACUUCCCCCGCCGGAGAUCAAGAUGUUGAGAUAGAACCGAUUGAUGCAUGGGAAGAAGAAGAUGAAGAAGUUGAAUCCAAGAUUGGCGAUGGUGGUGAUGGAGGUGGAGUGGUUUUUCAGAACUGUCGUUGGGGAGAAAGGGCACUUGCAAUAGCUCAUGAGGUGCUACUGCAAUUUGGUGACGACUUAAAGCUUUAUGCUUUCAAAACCUCUCCACAAGGAUAUAUUUACGUCAGACUUGAUAAACUGACAAAUAAGUAUGGUUGUCCCAGCAUGGAUGAGAUGGAAUCUUUUAGUAGACAAUACAAGGGAAAGCUAGAUGAAGUGGGAGCUACUGGAGACAUCCCAGAUGAUUUGGCUCUUGAAGUAUCAUCACCUGGUGCUGAACGACUACUGAAAGUACCGGACGACUUGAAUAGGUUCAAAGAUAUGAUCAUGAGAAUUAGCUACAUCGAAAACCUGGAGGCACAAUGUCCAGAAAAGGAUGGAGUACUUCUACUUGACUCAAUUGAUACUGAAUCAGGCUGCUGUGUUUGGAAGUUGGCUGAUGUGAAGGAAAAUAGAGACCCUGCAGCGAAAGGAAGACCAAUGAGCCGUAAAAGGAAAGAUUGGAGAUUAAGACUGCCAUAUGACAUGUUUAAGCGGGUAACUCUGUACCUGGAUUACUAACUGUAACCACUUGUCGCCUAGAUUCCUCAUUUAUUGACUCAAUAGAUUCAAUACAACAGUAAAGAUGUCUUUAUCUCGUAUUUGGGGUCAGCUUAAUGAAUUCCAUCUUUGUCUAAAUGUAUGAUUCGUUAAGUUAGAUUUUGGUAACCUCGUCGGUGUUUUUGAAGGGAUCGUUUUCCAACGUUCUUUGAAUCCAAAUCUUUUACCCUCUACAAUCAGGAAUCAAAUUGUGAGAACAUGAUUUUAUCUUUUUCUCUAGGGUCCUAUAUUUGCUUCUGGUUGUUUGCUUUCUAGCAGAACAAUACAUUGCAUGCAUCUGCAUUAGCGGAUGAACAGUUAACAUUCAUAUGGACAUAGUUUCUUGAGGACCCAUGUCUUGUUACUGUACAUAUGUCUAGAAUUAUUGCCCUCCAUAACUAAAUUAUUGUGCAACUGUUUUGUAUUGUGAUGCACCAAAUCAACAAAACUAAACAGAACUUUUGUUGUCCGGUGGACCGUAGACAACAACAGCACAAGGAAUGGCUUGCUUUGGAUACCUAUAUAACCUUAGCUUGAACCAUCCCAUAAAUGCCUCUGCUGCCAGAAAUGCCACCAAAUUUGUGGGAUCUAUUAUGAACCACAAUUCCUGCAUCUCCUCUUCUUUAUGAUGCUUGAUGGAUAACUUUAAUUCAGGC